AUGAUAAAAAGAGAUUUUGCUUGCGGACCAGUAAUUGCAGCACCACUUGAAGAAAUACACAAAAUAAGGGAAGGUGAUACAGUAUCAUUUGUAUGUAUUGUUUGGGGCGAUCCUCAACCUCUUGUAGAAUGGCAUAAAAGUAAUUAUUCUACUCAAAUCUAUUCAGAUAAUGAUCGAAUUUUGAUCGAAACUUCUUUAGCAAAUAACAGAACUUAUCAUUUAAUGCAUAUUCGAGAAAUCACCCCUCAGGAUGAAAGUAUUUACUGGUGUAAAGCUAGUACAGGUUUCUUUUCUACUAGUAAAUAUUUUAAUUUACAAGUAAUGGAGGCUAAUACACCGAAUACUGUAGACAAUAAUCCUCUAUCAUUCCUCACUAACAACAAGGAUUAUUCUUUGAAAUCAAGAGAUAAAUUCCAAAAAUUGUUGCAGUCAGUACAACAACAACAGCAACAACAAGUUAAACCUAUUUGGCAAUUAAUGUUACUUUGUUUGUUAUCAUUCGCUGUUGUGCUAUUUUUUGUUGUGUGUACUAUCUGUUUAGUUUAUUGGCGUCAGACACAAAAUAAUAUCAUUAAUUUAGUAAACAACAAUGAAUUAGAAAAAGUUAUUCAACCAAGCACAUUAAUGAAUGAGAAAGUGAUAGAAAGCAUUAGUAACUUUGAGCAAUUAAAUUCAGAAACCUCGCAUUCAGUUUCUGAUCAAACACCUUCAGUUAAUGUUUCAUAUCGAAGUGGCCAAGAAUUGGCUCGAAAAGCACCUUUGGCUCAGUAUGAUUGCGACACUUGUAAACUACCACUUGUACAAACUUCCCUUUAA